GGUGGCCAAAUGUUCGGUCUCUCCCCAGGAUUCUUCUCGCUGUGUGGAGUGCUUGCGUUUCAAUCGUCCUGGUUAUAACGUGCUGGGCUUUUCUUCCGCGAAAAUCCGGAGUAUUGGCCUUCAACAUGCUCGGAUGGAAUCCGAAAUGGAGGCCGCUGAGGAGGCGCGUCGUCAGAUUGAUGCGAAGAUUGAGCGCCUUCGAAAACAAAAGCGGAUGUGGUUUGAAAAGAUGAUGCGAGCUGUGUCUCGCGGAAUUGAUGACUUGGAGGAAUUGGAUCGGGUGGAGCGUGAGGAGGCGGAACAGGAGGAGCGUCGACGAUCAACCGAGGUCCUGCCUGAAGUGUCCUUGGAGUCGCUUCUUCCGGAUUCCAAUUUUGUCUGGGAUUCGACUUUCCCGAUGGGUCCUCUGAAUCCUUCGUUGUUGGAUGAGAUGAAUGUUCUUGCGCAACAUUCCGUUGGUUCGUCUGGUGGUAUGGUUUCGAGUCCUGGUCGGCCCUUAACUUCUGGGAAUGGUAAGUGGUGCUUUCUUAGGUCGUCCUCUUUUUCUUGGCUGACUUGCUCGCAGAUCCAACUCCUGAUAGUACUGGCGGAGCGGUUCCUGGCAAUCCUGGAGGUGGUUAAGGGGUUCCCAAAUGUUUUCUUCAUGCCCAUAGUUUUCCCAUUUAACAAGGUACUCUGUUUUGCCGUGGUUUCGUCUGUGGUCGAGUAUUCGUUCAACGUCGUAGGUUUGUUCUGCGUCGAUCUCGAUCGUUUCUUGUGUGCUGGUGCCGUGUGGUGCUGGUUCCAGUAGUAAUACGUGAAAUAUGGGGUGAAUUUUUAUGGUGUCUGGUAAUGACAGUCUGUA